CUUUUUCGUGCAUGCAGCCCGUAGUAACGAGUUAUUAGACGUUAUCACGUCAAAAUACAGGUGAAGCUAUUUAUAAUAUAAAUAAAAAUAGCUUCUCUCUAUUGGACCGAUUUAUCACAAAGGUCUGUUGAGUCCUUAUAAUAUUAUGUCAUGAUAAUUUGAUUGUCUAUGGCGUUGUCACUGUCACGUCAAUGUCAAAUUGUCAUUCAAUAAGCAAUACAAUUUCUUGUUGAAUUCAAUUGGAUAUAAAUUGGAUAAAUUAAAGACCAUAACCCUCAUAACUAUUUAAGAAAAUAAUUAUAUAAGGAUAGUCCAGCUUUACUUAACUCAUUAAUACGUUUUAUAUUUAAUAUUCUUCAAGAGAAAGCCUGAGAAAAAGGGCAUCAGCUGAUAAUGUACAGGUUAAUGGUUAUGAAACUUAAAGCUUUUUAGGCUAUACAGAACGAUGCCGUUCUUUAAAUUUAUUGGCAAAACUUUUGGUUUUAUGGGCUACUGUUUCCAAUACGCGUGUAUCACACAUUGUACGUUUGAAUAUAUAGGUGACUUUGUAAUGUGCUCAGGCCCAUCAAUGGAGCCAACAUUAGAAACAAAUAACAUUUUACUCACAGAACACAUAACUCCUCGCUUGCAACGGCUACGUCGAGGUGAUAUUGUCAUUGCUAGGAGCCCUCACAAUCCUAGCCAGAACAUUUGUAAAAGAGUGACUGGCCUCCCCGGAGACAAAAUGAGGGGUCAGUUUCCAAGAAGAAGUCAAGUGGUACCGAGAGGGCAUGUGUGGUUAGAAGGAGAUAAUGCAAGCAACUCAUCAGACUCGAGGGUCUAUGGACCUGUGCCUCAAGGCUUGAUCAGAAGCAGAGUACUAUGCAGAGUUUGGCCUUUAGACAAAAUGGCAUCCUUGACUGAUAGUUAAACUAAUUAUACUUGUCUCAAAGUUUAUAUGUAUAAAAAAAUGGCAGAGUGCUCCAGGUUGGAUUUAUUAUGGCAGAGUGUAAAUAAACAGGAUUAUUAAGGUAAACAAUUUUUAACAAAGAAUUUAAAAUAAAUACAUAUUAGGAAGUUCUGAUUGGUGUAUUGGAAGAUUUAAAUAAUUAUUUGGCAACUGAGGGUUUAAGAAAUCAAUUAAAUCUUGUUAUUAAAUGAUAUCUCUUGCAAGGCGAAACAGUAUGCAAAGCCUUAUCCAACAAUAAAUAGCCUUUAUUGAAAAUUAGAUGUGGUUUUGAAAGAUUGCUGGUUAAAUAUGUACCAGAGCAGAGCAUACAGACAGAGAGAAUCACUCCUGAUAUGACUAUUUUUAAGUUACAGUCUGAUAUGACUAUUUUUAAGUUACAUAGCUAUACAUUUUGUGUAUCCCUCCCCUGCAAACCUUGGUAGAGUUUUUGUAGAGUACAUGACAAAUGAUUUCUCCUGUCUCAAUGCUCUAAGAAAUAGGGAGGUGCAAUAAAUUUAAUAGAAUACUGUAAAGUACCACAAAUCGCACGGACCACAUACAUUGUUAUUUAAUUAUCUGUUAUGUUUGGAGUUAUUGUUGAAGCAAUUACCAAUGUAUUGGAAUAAAACAAUGUUUUUACAAGA